GGGCGAAUCGUUCUAUUUCAAGAUAUUGCCCAAGCGGUGUAAAAUUUUUCGAAAUUGUGGCCAAAAUAGCAAUCAAAUUUAAUUAUGUAUUGACAUAGCCCCAAAACAAAUUGAGUUCGUUUUGGCUGAAUCAGGAAUAUACAAGAUCAAUCGGCAAUCGAAUCCGUUCAUUUGGGUAGAUAGAAAUAGGCAACCAUUAACCAUACAGUGAGAUUCUCAGCUUGUGUUCUGUGGCUAUCUGUGGCAGACAUAGAAGUGAAAAGCCCCAGACUCCUAGAGUUCUGAAUCGCAAUUUGCCCUUUAGGAAUUGAAAUCUUCAGUGUGUAAUUACGUGGAAUUGAAAAUCGAUAGAACUACUCGCACCCGAUAAAAACAAUAUAUUCAAAGUGCAGAAAAACAACUGAAAAGCUACGAAAAUAAACUAAAAAAAUAAUAAAACAACAACAGAAGAAAUCGCAAAUAAUUGUUAAAGUUAACCUGUGUGUUAAAGUGCUCUUUUGGAAUUUUUUUUUUCGUUGUGUGCCGCGUCGAGUGCCCAGCAAAAUGCCCCUGUACUCGGACUCCACCAACUACUACUACAGCGGCGGAAGCAGCCAGCUGUACUCCCCAUACUACAGCUCUAGCUCCGGACUGGGGCUGAGCGGCGUUGGAUCGGGAACAGGAUCCAGCUACACGUCCAACUACAAUCGCUCGUAUCCGGUCAGCUAUAUGGUGCCCCUGUCACCGUCUUCGCCACGAUCCCCUAGCAGCUAUACGAGCGGCAGCAGCAACUCCAUCUCCAUACACAGCCUGGGAUCGCGUUACCAGCCGAAGCUGACGACUAUCACAGAGAGCUCGGGACUGGUGGGACGGCAUGCCGGCCACAGUAGCCUAAUGCCCCUCACCAGGAUACAGUCGCCCAAGUAUGUGUCGAGCCCCACACACAGCUAUAGCCACAGCUCCGCCCACAGCAGCAGCAGUCGCUAUAUACCGCCACGACCAAUCGCCAUCAACACGGCGGACAUCGAUGUGAGUUCGGCGCGGUAUCGGAGGCCUGUGGCCUCGAUCCGCAGCAAUGAUAAGGAAGAAAUUGAUGCGGGGAAGAAUAAGGAAAAGGAAAAGGAGAGGGAAGAGAAUGUCAAGGUGCAAGUGGAUCUGGCACAAAAGCAGACAACUUAUCCAGCUGCUGUGGUAGCCCAGGAGCCCGUUCCAGACAAUCGACAGCCCCGUCGUUCCACCAUCAGACGCAAUCGGGCCGUGGUACGUCUCUCCACCAUCCGAAGAAAGAGCAAGGAGCGCACAGAAACCUCAACCGAAAAGAGUCUCGUGGCCAAGGAGGAACAGAGUUCGGCCCCGGAGCACCAGUUCCGAGAUUUACCGCCUGCCACCGAACCAAGUCUUAGCUGGCGCCAGAAGCUAGCCGAGGAGCUGGCCUCCUUUCCCACCGUCAUCAACAAGAAGUCUCCCGGUGAGCUUCUGAGGGAGCGUUUCUUCAUACACGAAGACAAGGAGCUGGCGGAGCAGCAGCCACAGUUUAGGGCCAGCCAGCUACGGGUCCAGCAGGUGGCCCAGCCACAGCUACAGAGUGACCGGGAGAGCCUGGCCAUGGAGGAGAAGGUAAACACACAGUUGACAGAGGAAAGUGACCAGGAAAAGGAGGAGAGCGAACAGGAGGGUAUGCAGGAGACAAUCCGUCGGCUUAGCCUUGUCCAGUGCCCGACUUUCCACGAUAUCUGCGAGGAUAUCUCCUCGGACAAGAUUGACGACGAUCUGAAUGCCGGAGAACUGCGACGCCGCGCCUCCAUCAUCCAGGAGCAGGAGCAGGAAAUACUUAACAAGCUGCAGAAGUCCAGCUCGGGCAGCUUUCAGCUGAUUCACCUGGAACGGCGAUCCAGCCACGACAGUACCACGGCUGACGAGUCCUCCAGCGGACAUCGUCACAGCUCCAAGCAGCGCAAGAAGAGCAAGAAGCUGCGCGACAAGAUCACGGCCAUUGUUGAGGUGCAGAGUUCACCGAGCACGGCCCAGCUGGAGCACAUGCCCAGUCUCCUGGAGCUGAACGAGGACAGUGGCACGACGAUGCCCCUGCAGCAAGGCAGCUCGUCCUCCGCCACUGAAUCCACAUCCAGCUCCACCCCCAGUACCAGUCCCAAGCCGAUGUUCACGGUCAACGUGGAGGUAGAGGAGCAUAACCAGAUACACAAGAUAUUCAAGUUGCCCAAGAAAAAGACAGUCCCAAAGCCAGCAGAGAUCCAGCCGGAGGCGCAGAUGGAGAUGGCCCUGCCCGAGGGCUUCAUGAAAGCCGCCCCAAAGCCGGCCAAAAUAUCGCCACUAAAGAAGCCGAAAGCAGCGCUACAGCAACAGAAUCCGCAGCCACACGUGAGUGUGGCUCAGAUAUUCACCUUCGAUGAGGCGGCAAUUCAGAAAACACAGCCGCCGGAGACCAAGGUAGAAGGUGUGGCCACGCCCAAACCCAUUCGGAAGGUCAUCCAGAAGUCGGAAAGUGGUGAUGACUUCUGGUCGCAGAUCGGAUCCCGGGAGACGCUCUACAUGACUAAUCGCAAGAAAGCGAUUACAGAGCGACAGGAGAAGGUCCAGGAAGAGAGUAUUGAAUCGGAAAUGCAACGUCAGUCAAAGAUUAUACCAACGACACCACAGCUCAAGUCAGAGCUUCUAAUUGAGCUCAAUACAACAGGAGAGAUAACAACAACAUGUGCUUACACGACUACAACGACAUCACCAAAGAUUACAACAAGAAAACCACAAAUAGCCCCAACUAAAACCAUCCAGCCAAAAACAAAAAGCCCGCCAUCAAUUAGAGAAACUAAAAAGACUUCACCAAGGACAACACCAACAUCAACAAUAACUACUACAACCAAAGAUCCAAUCCAAUUAACGCCAACAUUUACAAAAGAUUCGCCAACAACAGUUAUACCAAAAUUCACAGUAGUCGCUAAAGCGAAAGAUUCACCAGUGGCUUCACCAACAGCUACACCAACAAAAGAAUUACCCCCGAAAAAAUCUGCAAAUGCUAUAACAAUUAUUGAUUCAAACAAAGCAAAACUAAAAAAUGCACAAAGAACAGAUUCACCAUUGCACAAAUCAACACAAUCCAUAGCUUCAACAGAAAUAUCAACAACAGCUACGGAAGACAAAAUAUCAACACCGAAAACCACGAAGGUUUCACCAAAAAUUUCACCCAAGAACUCAACACCAACGACAACACCAAAGGUGAAAUCGUCAAUAAGUGCAACAGACAAGACACCAUCAACAGCUGUGGCAACAACCAAGACGCCAACAACACCAGAAUCGCCACCACCAACACCAGCAGCAACAACAACAAAGAAAGCAACAGGAAAACAUACAUCGCCAAAAGCAAAGGUGCUGGCAUCUGGCAACGCUGCACAUACGGGCAUCCCAGUUGUCAUGACAACGACAAAUGCUGGGGCAAAAUCUGCAACAGCAAUAAUAGCAGCAAAAGCAACGGGAGGGCCAAAAAUAAAUAGCGGGCAAUCGGCCAAGUCACCUGAACAACAACAGGCAACAACAGUCGCCGCCGUCGUCGCAGUGCCAGUGCCAGCCACGAAAUUAAAUAAAACAACACAUAAGGAACAGCACCAGCAGCAGCUGCAACAACCAGCAGAAGGAGCUACCGCACCAACUACAUUGAGGCAGCAAACGGAAAUCAAACCAAAAUGUACGGAAAUCGUUGAGCCAACGGACAGUUCAAAGGUUCCAUCACCGAAAACGACAAAGUCAAAAAGUGGCGGUAAAACAAACAAUGCAUUGAAAAAGAAGUCAGCCACUGCCGCUCCAACAGGCACUGCAGCAGCAGCAGCAACAGCCGCAGUAGCAGUAGCAGCAGCAUCAACACCAGCAGCAACAGCUGAGAGCAAUGUGACCCCAAUCAAUGCCGAUCAAUUUAUAACGCUGGCCCCCACAAAGGCGGCCAAAACAUCGCCAGGGAAGCAGCAACACCAACAGCAGCAGCAACCACAGGCGAAAUUCGUGGCCACAAAUGCGUCAUCGCCGGCAGCAGUCGCUGCAACAACAAGGAAAACGCCAACGCCUACAACAACUGCUACAGCGAUAACAAUAGAGAGAUCGGUUGCCAGUGUUGAUGUUGUAGUCGCAGUCGCUGGGAUCGGGAUCGGCAUCGGCAUCGACAUCGGCGAUGACCGAAGCGGCGACGGCAACGACAACAGCUGCGGCGAAGGCGUCGGCAAUAUUUUAUCAAAGUUUGCAACAGUAUCGAAUUUGGCACAGUGUCUGCGAGACGUUGAUGCCGAGCUCGAGGACUAUAUACCAUCGUCAGCGGAGAACAGCAACGACGACAGUUCGGACGAUUACUCCAGCGCGGACGGUUGUGCGAAUCUCAGCGCCAGCAUGAAAAAGAAGCAGCGCAAGGAGAAGAAGAAACAGAAGGCGAAAGGGGCCGCUGCAGCGCCGCUCCGUUUCGAUCCCCACAAGAAGGUCAGAAUCGAUACAACCAACAAGUGCUACGUAAAGGAGGAGGCGCCCCGGUAUCCGCUUGUGGCCACGCCACGGCCGCUGUGGAAGCGCGAGAAGAUCGUCUACUCUGAUGAGAACACCGACGACGAGAGCAGCGAGGAGGGCAGCGAGGCCACCGCUGGCUCCUUGGACGAGGACAGUGAUGAUGAGAGUGAGGAGUGCAGCUCCUCCAGCAGCAGCGCCAGCUCCGAGGAGUCAGAGGCAGCGGCCACCAACAAGAGGAGAACGGAUGAGUCCGAUGGAGGAACGGCGGUUGCUGCUGCUGAAUGCAGCAGUAGUACAGUCACCUCAGCGGCGACUCUGAGCGUGGGUGCAUCCACUUCGACGUCCAGCUCGCCCUCGAUCAUACGGAUGAGCACGUGCAGCAAUGAUUCCGGCUUCGAGGGCGGCACAGCACCCUCCAGUCCCAAAAAGAUGCUAGAAACAUCAUAUACAUAUUCACAAUUCCAAAAAUCCGGACGUUUCACUGCGCCAGCAACAGUAAUACCUAGAUUUAAGAAUUAUUCGGUAGAUGAUUUUCACUUUCUCGCCGUUCUCGGUAAAGGAAGUUUCGGCAAGGUUCUACUAGCUGAGCUGCGUGAUACCACAUACUACUAUGCCAUCAAGUGUCUGAAAAAGGAUGUCGUUCUGGAGGAUGACGAUGUGGACUCGACGCUGAUCGAACGCAAAGUCUUGGCCCUGGGCACCAAGCAUCCGUAUCUGUGCCAUCUGUUUUGCACAUUUCAAACGGAGAGCCAUUUGUUCUUUGUAAUGGAGUAUUUGAAUGGCGGUGAUCUCAUGUUCCACAUACAGGAGAGUGGACGCUUCUCCGAGGAGCGAUCCCGCUUCUAUGGCGCUGAAAUAAUCUCUGGCCUCAAAUUUUUACACAAAAAAGGCAUUAUCUACAGGGAUCUCAAAUUGGAUAAUGUUCUGCUGGACUACGAAGGGCAUGUGCGCAUUGCCGAUUUCGGCAUGUGUAAAUUGCAGAUCUACUUGGACAAGACGGCCGACAGUUUUUGCGGUACACCCGAUUAUAUGGCGCCCGAAAUCAUUAAGGGUGAAAAGUACAAUCAGAAUGUAGAUUGGUGGUCAUUUGGUGUGCUGCUCUAUGAAAUGCUGAUCGGUCAAUCGCCGUUCAGUGGCUGUGACGAGGAUGAGCUCUUCUGGUCCAUAUGCAACGAAAUUCCAUGGUUUCCCGUCUACAUAUCCGCCGAGGCCACGGGCAUACUCAAGGGGUUGCUGGAAAAAGAUUAUGCGAAAAGGCUUGGCUCACAGUACAGUCCUGCUGGUGAUAUAGCCGAUCACAUAUUCUUUAGGCCCAUCGACUGGAAUCUGCUGGAGAAGCGGCAAAUCGAGCCUCCAUUCAAGCCCCAAGUGAAACAUCCCCUGGAUACGCAAUACUUCGAUCGGGUGUUUACAAGAGAACGUGUUCGGCUCACACCCAUCGACAAGGAGAUACUGGCCUCCAUGGACCAGAAGCAGUUCCAUGGCUUCACCUACACGAAUCCCCACAUCACAUUGGACUAGAUCUAUGCCCACCCUAAAACAAACUACACCUACACCUAAAUCUAAAGCUAAGUCAAUAUCUUAACUAAUUCUUUAGAGCAACAGUAUUUGUAUAUGUAAAUAUUUAUUAUGAAACCAUAUUGAAACCAUCCAUAACGAUGGGGAGGAGAACCAACGAGGAUGAAAGCAACUCGCCGAUCGAGGAUAGUUUUGAAAAGGGUCUAAUUGUUAGGUUAGUCCGAAUACGAGAGUUCAUACGCGGUGUCGAUGCGCCAUAGCUCUCUCGAGUAUAUUUCUAGUCAAUUAGCCAUACACCUAUGUCUAAGUCUAUAAACUCUACUCUAAUUGUACAGAUAUCCCUCUCUCUAACAUAUACAUACAUACAACACAUACACGUUCACACAUACACGCAUACUAUAUACAUCCAUAUACAUAUGGACAUUUUUUUUUUUUACAUUCUUUUGUUCCUAAUUUUAGUGAUACACCAUACAUCUAUACGUCUAUGAGAAAUAAAAAUCAAAUAAAAAACAAAAUCCACGA